GUUUGAGCAUCUUCGUUUUUUUAACCUCCGACAUACGAUUACGUCUCUUUCUCAGUUUCUCUGUUCUCUUACACUUAUUGGGUUUUCACCUUUUUGAAUUUUUUGCUUCUCUGCUGCGUACUUACUUGCAUUCAAGCUCUGGUUAGGUGGGUAGAUAGCUCUCCCUCUUCUCCCUUCUGCUUUUGGUUUGUGUUUCUGUUCUCCGCCGUUUAAGCCGCGGACUAGAGAUGGCAGAGGGAAGUGAUUUCAGGCACUGGGACGAGCUAAUACCGGACGCUUUGGGGCUAAUCUUCAGUAAACUUUCACUCCAAGAUAAACUCACCGUUAUUCCCAGGGUCUGCAAAUCAUGGGCCAAAGCAGUGCUCGGACCUUACUGCUGGCAAGAGAUUGACAUUGAAGAAUGGAGCAGUCGAAGGCAGCUCGACAACGUCGAUCGAAUGCUCCAAAUGCUGAUAAAUCGAAGUGGCGGAUCGCUCCGCAAGCUCUGCGUUACUGGUCUUCAUAACAGCAACAUUUUCUUCUCCAUCGCUGAUCAUGCUGGUUCUCUUCAAACAUUGCGACUGCCAAGGAGCAAUAUAAGCGAUGCUGUUGCAGAACAAAUUGCCGGAAGGCUUUGUGCAGUUACUUUUUUGGAUCUAAGCUAUUGUGAUAAAAUCAGUGCCUGUGGUUUAGAGUCCAUAGGAAAGAAUUGCAAAGCUUUAGUUGGAAUGUGUCGUAACUUGCAUCCACUACAUACAGCAAGUAUAUCCUCCCCGGAUGAUGAAGCUUAUACUAUUGCAGCCACAAUGCCGAAACUCAAGCACCUUGAAAUGGCUUAUCACCCUCUAAGCACCAAAAGUUUACUGACAAUACUUUCAAGCUGCCCCAACCUUGAGUUCCUCGAUUUGAGAGGGUGUUGGGAUGUAAGGCUGGAAGACAAGUUUCUUGCAGAGAAAUUCCCAAAACUAACAGUGUUGGGGCCUGUUGUUAGGGACGUCUACGAGAGAAACGAAUGGGAUGAAGGCUCAGACUACUCGUACAUAUCAGACGACGACUUGGCAUGGGACUUUUCUGCAGAUUACUUCGAUGAUGCUGGUAGUUUCGAUGAUCCAUGGGACAAUGAAGGCAGACUAGAGGGACUAGAGUUGAGAUUUUAUGAAGGAAUAGAUGAAGAUAAUGAAGCCUUUGGUUGGCCUCCCUCCCCUUAACUAUGGAGAGAGAUCUUGUUUUUGGAUUUGCGAAAUUGUUUGUUCUUUUUUUUUUUCUCCUUCCUAUUUGGUAUCAACUCGAUGCUUUUAGAGCUUAUGUGGACUUUGUAAAUUCUCUAAUAGAAAUUGAAGUGUGAGUUUUUUUUUU